GCCAAGACAGUCGAUAAGACUGCCUGCAAUACCGUGAUCAAACUAUCAGGGCGGGAGAACGGAAUUGCCCUAGACACUCGAUCGGAUCCGGCAGAUAAUCGCGCAUCAUCCUCAAAUGUCGGUUCCGGGAAUACGUUUGAUUCCCCAAACACUGAUCCCACUUUACAUAAUCGUGCUGUGGACGAAACGGAUGACGCAGAUGACGAAGAAGUCGAUGCUGAUAUCAAUCUGGGUGCGAAAACUGCUGAAUCCUCAGGGGACGCUCAAACUGGUCUAAAAAUGAGUUCAAGGUGGUCCACCCGAGUUUUCGCCGUGUCCUGUGUGCGUAUCCUAAUCUCUGCGUGUGCACGUGCUGCUCACAUGGCUGCAACUUCGCCCAACUCUACACUAAUCAGUCUUGCUCCGACAGCGAAUACGGACAGCGUGAGUCCAGUGGAUGAUGUGGCAAAUUCAGACGAUGCCGCUCUUACCCCGAGCACUCCACGAGGACUGUCGGAUCCGAAUUCGGUGGCCCACUUCGAUCUUGCAUUGGCACGUUGUUUGCGACAAUCAACUAAUCCUCCCGGUUCGUCUGAUUGGCUCGUCCUUCAUUUGGCCGAUCUGAUCCGGAUGGCCUUCAUGUCCGCAACGUCAGAUUGUGAACCGUUGCGCAUGGCCGGACUGCGGUUGAUGCGAGAUGUGAUUCAACAUUUUGCGUCUGUCCCCGACCCGGAUUGUGUUGCUACACAGCCGAGUCCAGAACUUACGUCUGUGGCCUGUCAAGUGUGCAGCAUGUGGAUCGGAUCUGGAGUGGCUCGUGAUCCAAACGAUUUGCAACGCGUGCAUGAGCUACUUCGUCGAGCAUUUGACAAAAUGCAAGCGGCUCAUCUUCGACUCCCAAUAGACCCGGUUCCUCGUAGUUCACCCGUAAACUAUCGAGGGUCUCAGUCAAUCGCAACCGAUCAAUUGUACUGCGAAGACGCGGUCACAAUGGAACAGUUGGCUGUGUUGCGUUCUUGGGCCGAUGUCUAUAUUGUCACAAUGCGUUACGGGUACCUUAGCGGUAAGAAUAAAAUCGAUUCAGAACAGGAACAAUCCGAAGGAAUAGGCAUAUUGGAACAGGGACGAAGUGACGGGGAAGAAGAGGAUGAGUGUGACGCAAAGGAGGCGGUGGAAGACGAGGUUGGGGAGGAGUUAUUCUAUGAUGCUAGGCAGCGUUUCAACGAUGACUGUCUCGUUACCAUGACAUUUAGAGAUGGAACGGAAUGUCCCACAAUGACUGAUCGGCCUUCACGACGGCACUACCGCCGGGCCUAUCACAUGUUGUCCAACAUCGUUCGACCAGUUCUUCCUAGUCUCGCACAGGCAUGGAUUGCUGUACUGCAAGAUUAUGCUUUAUUAACUCUUCCUGAGGAACUGGCCAAUCAACGUCCGGCGAACGGUGGCACAUUCUUCGGAUCCGAUGCGAAUAUCGAUCGAUUAUGUUUGGAGGCUUUGUCCGGUGCAUCAGAGAAACAAUCGGUCCACGUGAUCAACACAUGCCUUCGAGCAAUGUGGUGUCUGUUAUCCCGACCGGUACCUAGGUCUUUGCUUAUGCGUGUUGUUCCCGAAAUGCCUGUGGAAUUGCUCUCGGUGCUGUACAGACUGCUUCUCACCAGGGACACGAUCCAAACACAUCUCCUCUGCUUGCAAAAUGUCAGUCAGGUGCUUAUUGCAGCAGAAGAGCGCUUGGUUAAGCAGCGUGAAGUUUGGUUGUCCAAAGAUUCACCAGGUGAACAACCGCGUGCAUUGCUCACACCAGAUGCUCAUAACACUGUGCAUAAAUCCAGCGGAAUCAAUAUGGUAUCAAGCGUGAUGCUUCAAACUACAAGUCUUGUUGAUGCAGAAAUGUAUGAACUAGCCGAAGGAGGAUCUUUGGCCAGCUUCCCGGCUACUCAGGAUAUGAACGGAACACAACCAGACCAAGCCACUAAGGAUGUCAUUCCAUGCAUAGGGUUGCAACCCGGACGUUCGGUUGUCUUUGCCUGCCUAGAAAUUGUUAUGUGUGUGCUAGCCCGAUAUAGACCGGCUUUGCUGGCUCAACUACGUGCAAAAGAAUGCGCUCCAAAUGGAACUUCCGCUUGUGAUAUGAGAAAUACGAUACCCGAGACCAGGUGUUCGGAUAGUUCGGAUGCUCCCUUUGUUUUGGCCGCGGCUAUUCGUUGUUGCACGUUCGUGCCAGAUCUGUGCGCACCUAGCCUACUCCUAUCCACCCUAGAUUUGAUCUCGGGUAGUCGAACAGCCGACUCUAGCACACCCUCGAAAACUGCUCGGGUUGUUGGCAAGGACAAUCUUCUGCCCGUGUUUCUUGAUCUCGUUGUUCAGUUGGCGCAGAUAUGCCUGAUCAAUCCAGGCCGCGCCAAUUUCUCCACCGCGGUUGCUCAAACUACUGCUUCUGGUCAUGUGCAUCGUCCAGAUCCCACUGAUUUGCCGGAAUUACAGCGUUUUAUGUCUGUCAGUACGAGCAACGGUGGAAAGGACGACAGUGAGAUUAGUUCCACCACUGCUUGUUCCUCCACCAAUCAGACCGGUGCACAACAUAGACGUCGUGCACAUGAGCGACAGCAGCAUCGUCUGAUUCGUUGGACUUGGCAGCAAUCUGAGUUGGCUGAUGCACUGUCCAGCUUGAUACAUAAAUUGGCUCAGCAUCACUAUCCCGCUUUGGCCUUAUCAACCAGCGUAACGCACAACGGUGAAUUGGACGAGACGAGCGGAAAAACCUCCUUUGGUCAAGUUCAACCGGACAGCAGUAGUAAUGGUAGUACGGUUAAUGCUAAGUCGAGUUCCGAUAGCGCUGACGUGAAUACGAAACCCAAUAACUCGUUUGCUUCAUCCGUACAUAAUCCACCUGCUGACAAGCGUGCUCAGGCUGCUACUCAGUGGUAUGAACUGGUUUCCAUGGCACUUUUGAAAAUCUUACGUCAUGAGCAUGCGAGAUCCAAUGGGACUACAAGUUCUUCAUGCUGUUUUGCCUCGGUGGCUUUGGUCAGUCGGAUUGUUGCAGACUGUCCAGCUCGUGUACUCCAUUACGAACCGCUCCGAACCGAGUUGUGCUCUCGGUUGCAUCAACUUUGGUCACGAGCCGGUCGACACGGUGGGACCACACCGCCGUCGGAUGCCGUCUUGCACGAAGCUGCAUGGAUUGGCUUGUCAGACCGUUAUGUGUGCAUGGUGGCAAUCAGCGCACUAAUCAGUCAUCGAGACCCGGUGGUGAGCGCAUUCUUCGUACGUACUCUCACACCUCAGAUAUUCCGUUGGUUGCACGAUCUCUCCUAUAUGGGUUCCGAAUGUCAGUCUACUAAAGACAAAUCGAAUCAGACUCAUUCUGCUCCGAUUUCCCGGGACGAUUUAACCAACACAUUGCAUUUGGCCAUGGAGGUCUUAGAGUCCGUUAUCGACCUAUCUGAUGCAGUUAACCGUCCAAACUUGCUUGUUAUUCUGGUUCCCUUGUGGUGCAGCUUGUUAUGCCCCAGUCCGCCUGCAGCCACAUUGGUGCAUCAAUGGACACGCGCAUCCCAUUGUCUUCCCCGGUCGGCUGAACUGGCGUGUGGUGUGCAUCUGAUCGCUUUACAACACCUGGUCGCAUUAGCUCCACGUUUUCCGACCGAAUUCCGUUCCGUGUUCGGUGCUCUUGGCGCGGAACUUCGGACUCGUCUGGAACGUGCAAUCCGCCAAUCCCAUGGAACAUACAAUGGACCAAAUAAACUUGUUCCGACCGCGGUCUCUAGCACUGACUCUGCCGUACGACCUGUGAUUCAACUGAAAACCGAUUUUAGCGGUUUUGACAAAUGA